CAAAUCCCAAACCCAAAUUCCGUCUCCUUCGUUCCGCCGCCAUCUGAAGGAAAAAAUAUGCUAAAAGGACGCGAAAGCUUGAUCCGUUUGGUCGGAAGGCGCCGUAGAUUCCUCCCCAAUCGUCAAUCUAUCUUGGAAUCCAUUAAGGAUUCCUUGGUCACUUCCGGAGAUGAUAACAAUUUUGAAGUUGCCAAGGCCGAAGAAGAAUCGGCAGUGCAGAUAAGUAGGAGGGAAGUGGAGACGCCUGCGGAUUCUGACUGGGUUAAUUGUCCUGUUUGUGGCAGCAGGUUUCGUGGUGGAGAUGAUGUGAUUAAUUCUCAUCUGGAUAUAUGCCUUAAACGAGGAACCAAACGCAAAUUGAGUCAACCAACCCUGCUUCAGUUAAACUUUUGUUCGAGAUUGGAAAAUGGAAGUCACUCCUCCAUUAAGGAUAUUGUUGAUACAAAACGUUCCAUUGCCAAUGUUGAAUGCGAUACAGUUCUUGAAUCUAUUGUCUCCUGCAAUGCCAUGGAAAGCAGUGACAUGCCAUCUUCAAGUUUGUCAAAUGACAGUUUAAGGGCAACCGCGCCCAGUGACAACUUCAGCAGUAAUGCUGAAUGUUCAGUGUCCCUAAAUAAUGAGAUUCAAGACCAUAAAUCAGCAAUUAAAGAUGGAGAUGAUAUCUUAUCUCUUGAAACCUUCAUUGUUGGCCGUAGGUUUAGCAAUGAAGUUGAGCCGAACACUGGGGAGACCAUCAAGCUUUUAAGAGAUCCUCACAAUGUCAAGGAUUGCAAUGCUAUUAAGGUUCUUACUGGAGAUCCUGGAUAUGGUGAAUUUCUUGGUUUUAUUCCUCGAGAGUUGGCUCAAUAUUUGUCCCCAUUAAUGGACAAAUACUCCUUGAUUUUUCAGGGCUGCAUAAUUGCUAAGCCAGCGAGCUUAUCAGAUGACAUUCCAGUUCAAAUCAUGUGUCAAAAAUGUACACGUGAAACACAAGAUUCUGGAAAUGUUCAGGUUUUUGAAUCACUUUGGAGUAGUGCUUGCAGCGUAGCUGAGUCUGCAAAGAAUCAUAUACCAAAAUAUCUGCAUAAUUUUAUGCUGUUAAUCGAAGAGGUUUUAAAGAGCUCUGCUUAUCUUUUUAGCAGUUAUGAGAAAUCCUUUUUAGAAAAUUUCUUCUCACUUUCAGAUGAUAGUCGGAAACUUUUUAUACGGCUCUAUACUAGAAAAGGUCCCUGGUUUCGGAUUUUGCAUAUUUCAUAUCCUGAAAUAUCUGAUUAUGCCCAAGCAGUCAAGGAACUUUCUGAAGUGGGCUAUUUUUGUUUGGUUGAGUCCAUAAAUGAACUACAGGAUGACCACCUUAAGGGAAUUUUAAAUGUCCUUACAGUAUCCGAGUUACGUGAAAUUUUCCAAGCUUCUAAAAAGAAAUGUAGCUUUGGAAAAAGGAAGCAAGAUUUGAUUGAAUUACUUCUUGCUUUACAUGCAGAUGGAUCAUGUCCGCUCUUCCUGGAGGUUGUGCUAGGAAAGGUUGGAAGUUGUGUUCAAAUAUCUUCAUUAGCUGAAUCCCUUAUUUGGCGUGCUGAGAGGCUCUUUUUCUUGAACGGGGAGCAAGAUUUAUCAGCAUUUUUGCUUGCAGAUCUAGGGAUUGUUAAAUACCCAACUUACAACUGUAUUAUCACAGGCCAGAUCAUUUCAAGUCGAGCUGAUUUUCUCUCUUUUGAAGAGGCCAUUGAGGUGGCACAAAUAAUUGAUGAGGCUCUUGAUGAAAACAACUCUAAGUUGGUGUUAAGAUGCAUUGAAAUAUCUGACUCCCGAAUAACCACCAACUGUCCAAAUUCAAUCUCCGAAUCAAAGUCAACAUGGGUUACAUACUUUAAAGCCCCUUGGAUAUACUCAAAGGUGGUUUUUUUGGGUGUUUCAUUUCUUGAGCGUGAAAGAAGAUACAGUGAAGCAACCAAUUUAUUAAAGCGGUUGCUACUGAACUUCACUUCUGAUAGAAGAAGAGGCUAUUGGACCUUAAGGCUCUCAAUUGACUUAGGGCACCUGGGAUAUAUUGAUGAAAGCUUAUCUGUUGCUGAAAAUGCUAUACAAGAUCCAUGGGUUCGUGCUGGUUCAAAGAUGACAUUGCAAAGGAGGAUUCUGCGUUUAGGAAAACCACCUAGGCGCUGGAAAACUCCUAGUUUUGCAGGGACUGUCAAUAGGAAGAUUAAUGAGGUCCACGUACAAGGAAGGCCAUUGAACUGCAAAACAGGAACGAAGAGCAUAUUUUAUGGAGAAAACGACGAACAGUGUUCUGUUGAGAGUCUUGCUUUGCAAUAUUAUGCCACAGAAGAAGGAGGUGGUUGGACCGGUGUUCAUACUGAAAGUGGCAUUUGGUUGAAUAUUUUUGGGCUUCUCUUGUGGGAUGCUGUUUUUGCUGAUAUUCCUGAUGUCUUCCGCACUAAGUUUCAGACUGCUCCAUUGGAUAUGGAUUCCGAUAGCUUCUAUGAAGUGAGGAAGAACAUUAUAGAGCAGCAACUAGAAAAGAUUAAAGAUGGCAUGGCUGAAGAGAUCUUAAUCACUUCAUGGCAUUCCCAUGAAGGAACAGCUUGUAGGGGAGUUAAUUGGGAAAGAAAUUCUUUGGCUGAACUAAGAGCGGCCGUUACUUGUGUUGGUGGGCGCUGUCUGUCAUCAAUAUGCAGACACUUAGCUCAAGAUUAUAGGAGUUGGUCAAGUGGAAUGCCUGAUCUGUUGUUGUGGCGAUUUAAAGGCGAGUAUAGUGGUGAAGCAAAGAUUGUUGAAGUGAAAGGUCCUAGAGAUAGUCUAUCUGAGCAGCAAAGAGCUUGGUUGCUGUUUCUAAUGGAUUUUGGAUUUGACGUUGAGGUUUGUAAAGUAGGGCCUGCUUUGCUGCAUUCAUGAUGGACCAUUUGAUAAUCAAUUGAAGAAUUGAUUAUAUAUGUGGAGCUCUAAGUCUUUUCACUAUUGAUGAUACAUAAUUUGUUCUAAUUUAUGUGAAAAAUCAAUAGUGAUAUUCAUUCUUAUAUU